CCCCAGCUCCAUGGCCGCAAACCAGAAGCUGCUGCAGCAUCCAUCCCUCAAUCCUGCUCUCGAGCUCCAAGCAGCCUCCAACGCGACGACCGACCUCGCCUGCAUCCAUGGCCGUGUUGGUGGCGAGGCAGGGGCGCGAGCUGCAGCGCUACAGCCAGCGCACCGGCGGGCGCAUCGUGGUGGGCUGCAUCCCCUACCGCGUGCGGCGCGACGACGGCGAGCUGGAGGUGCUGGUGAUCACGUCGCAGAAGGGGCACGGCAUGAUGUUCCCCAAGGGCGGGUGGGAGGAGGACGAGUCCAUGGACGAGGCCGCCCGGCGCGAGGCCCUGGAGGAGGCCGGCGUCCUCGGCGACACCGAGCCGAUGCUCGGCUUCUGGCACUACCAGAGCCGCCGCUACGCCGACCAGACCUACGAGGGCUUCAUGUUCCCGCUCCGCGUCGCCGACGAGCUCCACCAGUGGCCCGAGAUGGCCUCCCGCAAGCGCACCUGGGCGACGGUGAACCAGGUGAUGGACGGGUGCCCGCACUGGUGGAUGCGGGAGGCGCUCGAGAAGCUCGUCGCCCGGCACGCCAAGCUGCAGUCCGCUCUCUGAUUGGGUACCUAACCAAUCGGAGACGAGGAACCUCGCGGCCGGCGGCGACUCCGGCAAGAAAGGAUCGGCAGCACGAGCGAACCGACGCUAGCGUGCGCGCACGAAGUCAUCACAGCUCUCUCGGUGCAGCGGCAGGCCGGCCGGCUCGGAUUUGGUCGCCCUCACCGGAGAAGAGAGAGACGACGGGGCGCACCGCGCGGAUGGAUGCCGGCGAUGCUUUCCUGACUCCCGAGACGCGGAGUCGCCGUUGAGGCGGCAGGUUCAAAAUAAUUUAUUUAGCGAGCAAAUGAUUGGACAGAAUGUACACAGAAACCCAACAGGACGCGUCGUAGAGAACAGAACAGCAGAGCAGAACAAUUCACGAUUCUUUGGAGUAACAGAACAGAGUGUAAAUUAGCGCUAGUAACUUCGUUUCUUGGUGCCAUCGGAAUUGAAACAGCUGUUCAAGAAAAAAUUUAGCGCGCGCGCACAAUUUCUCGUAAGUACGUA